UGUCGCGGUGUCCAGCUGGAAGUUUUGCCCAUUGGUCGCAAGGAACGUCAAUCAGCUCCAUAGCGCAAUACAAUUGGUCAUCUCGUCCACAUACCCCGCCCCCUUCUCAAUUCACAUAAGUAAACAAAAUAUACCCCCGUGUUCUUGUGCUCUUUUAAUCAAUGCGGCUUGUCAAAUAUUUGACAAAUGAACGUUUACGUAGAAGCAUUUGCCCUACUUAAGGCCGCUGAUUGUAACAUGUUAGGUUUUGAAAUUAGUUAUUUUUUUACACGCUUGUAGAAUCUGGGAAAAAAGUGAAAAUAUUUGAAAGAUGUUUUAAACAAGUGAAGUAGUGUUUUUUCACUGCUGCUUUGCAGUCGUACGGUCAUAGGUUUGAAUCCCAGAGGUGCUCCGCUCAGGAAACAUCUGCAUUUCAUCUUCUUUGAGGUUGCAGUGCCUGAAAUCUACAAUGGAGGGCGCCCGUGAUACAGAGUGAGAUUGUUUUAUGAGUGGGCCACCCACACAUACCAACAUCACUUGACCCGUUGUGACCCAGCUGAUGAUUUGAGGUAUUCCAAAACUCGGAGUAUGAAAAGUGGACUUGAAAGGACCUUUUGCCUGUUCCAAUGCCACACAUCAUGCAGGUGCAUACUUGGUUUUUUUUUUUGUUUUGUUUUUUAGCCCAGUGUUUACUUACCAAUGAAAGAAAGCAUAUUUCUAUUUUGUGUGUUUGACUAUUCAAAAUGUUUCUCCAAACACAGAACUGAAACGUCAGUUACUUUACUGUGUAUUCGAUUUUAUAAGUAACAAAGUUAGAUUCUAAGUUACUUAAUUAUUUACAUUCAACAGAUGCCAACAACCCCGCCUCACAAACUUGACAACCAGUUUUGCCAAUACUGAACUGGAAGUACAAAUUAACCUGUGACGUUUCAGAAUAAAGUUUAUUUUUAAUUACCCGUAAAAUAAAGACAAACUUUUUUUUUUUUAUCUUUAUGGGAAAAAAUGGUAUAUUCGAGUAACACGUUAGAAUGUGACGCAUUACAGACAUCAUUGUAUUUGAAUGUUUGUGUGUGUGCGUGUGUGUUAGGGGCGUGCCUCGGUUUGCUCAGGACUUCCAGGGUCCGAAAGAUAAUGUGGAAUUCAUGAGAGGAUUGCUGUACAUGGGUCCCUUCCUGUCACCUGACUCCAUCGUUUCCUAUGUUUGGCUUCCUGCAUCAACCUCGAAGGCGCAACACAGAUCCUGAGAGCCGUUUGGCAUCUGUUUUAGGUUUUUCUGUCGCAAAGCUUGGCCAGCGGUCAUUGAGUCAUCACAGCUAAUGCAAAGCUGCUAAAACACGGCAAACACGAGUAAACGACGCAGUCGAGAAUGGGUUACAUAAACUAAGAAGAAAAGCAAUGUGAUGGCAGGGGUCCGUAUCGGGGCCUCUUGGAUUUGGGGCAGCGAGGGGGAUACAUGUCAGUGCAGAGCGGAGAGAAAGGAGUUUGAGGCUGCACUCACUGAACGCCUCCAUCUGCACCCCCUACGCCCUUUGGGGGAAAAAAAGUGGCCCUUUUGCUACAGGAAGAAAUUCUUCGACAAUUUUGCAUUUGAAGAAAGGCAUCCUCACUCCUGAAGCGCACAAAGACUUGUGGUUGCCGCAGCACUCAAGAGCAUCGCGGCACCUGUAAAGAUGGCUGACACGGAGCAGCCGGAUCCCAGCAGCCUCCCAUCGCCAAGUGACAAUUUAUCAGUGCCCUCGUCAUCAGCCAAUUCGAGAACCGACUGCAGUAUUGAACCCCUCACACCGUCACCCUCACCGAGGGUGGAGGUCAGACCACGCAUGGCCUGUCCGUUCUCAGUUGUCGUGGCAAUAGACUUUGGCACAACCUCCAGCGGCUACGCUUUCAGCUUCACCGAGGACUCGGAAGCCAUACACAUGAUGAAGCGCUGGGAGGGCGGCGACCCCGGCGUAGCCAAUCAAAAGAGCCCCACGUGUCUGCUGCUGACGCCCGACUUGCGCUUCCACAGUUUUGGGUUCGCGGCACGGGACUUUUACCAUGACCUGGAUCCAGACGAGGCCCAGCAGUGGCUCUACUUUGAUAAAUUCAAGAUGAAGAUCCACAGCACUUGUGAUCUCACGAUGGAGACCGAGCUGGAGGCGGUUAACGGCCGACGGGUGGCAGCCAUUGAGGUGUUCGCUCACGCGCUGCGCUUCUUCAGGGAGCACGCCCUAAAGGAGGUGAAGGAGCAGACCUCUUCCGUGCUGGAGGGGGACGAGAUCAGAUGGGUGAUCACCGUCCCUGCCGUGUGGCGGCAACCUGCCAAACAGUUCAUGAGAGAGGCCGCCUACCUGGCAGGUCUGGUGUCCCCGGACUGUCCCGAGCAACUCCUCAUCGCUCUUGAACCGGAGGCCGCCUCCAUUUACUGCCGCAAGCUCCGCCUCCACCAGGUGACCGACCUGAGCCUGCAGCCGAUGGCGAACGGCGUGGAUGUGAACGGAUCGCGGCCUUUUGACUCCAGCUUUAGGCAAGGUGGGGCAACACGCGCGUUUGUGUGCUUGAGUCGCAUUGUUUUCGAGCAAGAAGGUCAAAAUAUGCACCGCGCGUUCAAACGGGGCAGCGGGGGCCCAACGCGUGCUUCAGCGUAAGAAUAUUUCACCCAAACAUCGCCCACCCCCUUUCCGCUGCACAGCUCCACUUACAAGUCACUGAGAAACCAUUCAAGCCGACACACACACACACA